AUGUCGGACAAGCUCAGCCGUCUCCCGCUGGAGCUAGUACUGCACAUACUCUCAUACCUCCCCUUUGAGGCCCUCCUUUCAUUCGGAAUGACCUCCCGUUCCAACUACCACUCCCAUAUUCUCUGUCUCAAACGCCUGCGGCUGGGUGUCUUUGAAAGGCGCGUGCACUCUAUGAUCUCCUGCUUGCAAGCCGGCUGGGCGACUGCCGACCAGGUCGGCAGCUACCUGGAUGAAGACGCCAGCCGCGACUACUUCGUAUCGGUGAUCCAACCGCGGAUACAACCGACCAUUCCAUCGUUCGCGGGCUCGACAACGCCCGUCGCCUUGUCCAAAGACACCCGGCGACGAAUACCCUCCACCGCAGUCCCGGGCCGUGCGCGGACAUACGAACAGAUGAUCCGUAUUCAGAACCGAAUCUUCGCGCGGGUCGUGAACCGGUACGGAUCGUCGCUGGUGAAGCUAGAGUUCAUGGCGUACGAUCUCGACAACGAAGGGGCGCGGGUGCUGGGCGCGCAGUGCACCUACUCGCUGCGGCAUCUGGCACUGCGCUUCGAGCACCCGCACAUCCGCAACGGCAACAUGCGCGCCAGCACGUGGCUCCAUCCGGCGCCGUCGAGUCCCGCGUGGAACCUGCUGCUCGGGAUCGGUCGGGAGCCGCAUCUGGGCGUGUUCGGGUUGGAGACGCUCGUCCUGGAGCGGGCGGGCAUCACGCCGUGGCAGUUGACGAUGCUGGUGCGGCGCAAUCCACGGCUGCGGGUGUUGAAGCUGCGGACGUGUCUAGGGGCGCAGCCGGAGUUUCUGGACUGGUUGGGUGGCGUUGAGAGGGCUUCAGAGAAGGGGGGUGAUGCGCCUGUCCCUGGAGAGCGUCUGGAGACGCUCUGGCUCGAACAUUGCCAUCGGUUGCUGUCAAAGCCGGUGGGGGAGUUUCAGCUUCUGCCGGAUGAGGCGUGUGAUGCAGGACUGGAGUGGGUUCGGGGGUUGAAGAAUCUGAAGUCACUGUCGUUCAGCGAGUGCCUGAAUAUCCCAACAGAGUAUGUCGAACGGGCGAACAAGCUCAUCUGGAAGAUCCCCGAGGUCAUUCCGCCGUACUCGCUGGAAGUGGAGAGUUCGUUUAUUGAAGUCGAUCCGCUGCUGCGAUAG